AUGUUAGUAGAAAUGAAAAGCUUCAUUCCUUCUUCAUAUACUUUUGAGACAGAAAUCCAGAAGAUAAAGCAAGAACUUUUAACAAGUAAUUUAGACUGUAGUGCGAAAGAUGAAACAAAUGAACAGUAUCUUUAUGAAAUGCAGGAUAUUAUUGACCAUUUACCCAAAUUGCCUGAAAUCCAACAACAAAAACUCACUAUUCCAGAAUUCGAUGAAAUAGAAGUCAAAGCAACUGACUCAGUAGAAAUAAAGAAGUUCAUACGAAAGGUAAACUAUGAGUUUCUAGGAUUUCAUUGCAACCAUAAGGUUAUGGACAAAGAUUGCGACAUGGUAUAUAAGAAUGUUUCUGACCUUUACAAAACCCGGGAGUUUAAGACCUACGACAACUUUGUUUCGUUAGUUGCAAAAUGUGUAUGGCAGAUAAGAGAUAAAGAUAGAAGAGGUAAGGUAUGGAAUGAACAGAUAAAACCAGCAACUUUUGAGUUAAAGAAAACCAUUGACGCUUUAGUUGUUUUAGCAGGUAAGGUUUCAGAAUAUAACGCAAAAAUGAACCCGCAAUGUUCUAAAUGUAAAGCAGCAAUAAGAAAAUAUAACUACUCCGUCAAAGAGAUAGAAC